AAAAGAUUAUUCAAAUCAAGAUUUUGUAAUAGAACAUACAAUUGCAAAAAGACAAAUUUAUGGUGAAUAUGCUGUAUUAGGGCAAAAAUUAGCAUCAUUAGUAGCUGAAUUUAAUUUAACACAUGUUGCAGUUACUUUACAAGGUUUAAUUCAACAGGUGGAGCAAUCUAAUAUCAAUUCUAUAAACAAUCAAACACAGAAUAUGAUAUUAAAUCCAUUGCAAGAUGGAUAUAUAUGUCAAAAUUGUCUUAAAGAUGGAUAUAAUACAAUAAAAUAUACUGUACCAUGUAAAACUUGUAAAAGAAAUGAACACACUUAUUUACAUUUUUCAAAUAAAGAGAAUGUUUCUAUUUAG